UACCAGGGCUGGCGGCUUCGGUCUUCAUGGGGACCCGGCACUGCUGGGGGCGGUGCUAUUCAGGCCACACCUCCUGCGCCGACUCCGAGAGGCUCCGGAGCGAAGCGGUAAGCUUCGGGGGGCGGGGACUCGGGCUGGUUCUCUCUGAGCUUGGGGCUCGGCCGUCGCGGUCCUCGGCGUCCAUUCUUCCUGUUUCCGGUGGCCGCGCCGCCUCCCUCCGAGGCUCGGAGCUACGCGCUGUGGAGAACUCGCCGUUGUCGUCCUCUCAGCUUCGAACCCCUUCAGAGUUGCUCCGGGGCAACUGCCGCCCCGCAUUUUGUCGCUCUGAUUCUCGCCCCUGGGAGGACCCCGGCCCCACACUGCCCACUCUCUUGGACGCGCUGGUCCCUCCCUCCCCUCUAAAAUGUCCAAUAACCUACAGGGAGUCUUCUUGAAAGCCGCCGAGGAAAAGCCAGGCAGCGCCUCGCCCUGUGUUUCAGGCUGCAUGUACCAAGUAGUUCAGACGAUUGGCUCGGAUGGAAAAAAUCUUCUGCAAUUACUUCCAAUUCCUAAUGUCUCUGGAAAUCUUAUACCACUAGUUCAAUCUUCAGUUGUGUCUGAUGCUUUGAAAGGGAAUACAGGAAGCCCAGUUCAAGUUACUUUUCAGACUCAGAUUUCCAGCUCUUCCACAAGUUCAUCAACAACUCAAUUGCCCAUUUUUCAGCCAGCCAGUUCUUCAAACUAUUUAUUUACAAGAACAGUAGAUACAGCAGAAAAAGUUAGAGUUACUACUGUGGGAACUGAAACUUUUACCUCAUCAGUUUCUAAAGUUCAGAGUCAUGGUGUAAAAAUUGAUGGACUCACCAUGCAACCAUUGGCUGUUUCUUCCUCCUCAACACAAAAUGAUUCAUCUUAUAUUUUAGUAAAUACUCAGAGCCUCCCAAUGACUGUGAAACCUCCAGUUUUGCCCUCUGGGCAUCAUUUACAGAUUCCAGCCCAUGCCGAAGUGAAAUCGGUACCGGCGACAUCAUUGCCUCCUUCAGUUCAGCAAAAGAUACUUGCAACUGCAACCACAAGCACCUCAGGAACAGUUGAGGCCUCCCAAAUACCUUCCGUUAUUUAUGUAUCUCCUGUAAAAACAGUGAAAAAUGUAGCUACCAAGAACUUUCAACACAUUUAUCCAAAACCUGUUACCGAAAUAGCAAAGCCAGUGAUACUAAAUGCCACACAAAUUCCAAUGAAUGUUGCAAAAGAGACACAAUUAAAAAGUGGUCAGCAUUCUCAAGCUGCUCCAGUGAAAUGGAUUUUUCAAGAAAAUCGACAACCUUGUACUCCAUCUCUUGUUCCUGUUAAGUCUUCAAAUAAUGUAGCUUCACAGAUUUUAAAAAGUUUUGUAGAAAAGAAAAGUGUGGGAGGUAAUACUAUAAAGAUGCCACCAUUGAGUACCAGCAGUCCUAGUGGGGCACAAUCCAAAAGUAUGCCUAUUAAAGAUAAUGCGUUGGUUAUGUGUAAUGGGAAAAUCUAUCUGUUGGCUAAAAAGGGGACAGAUGUUUUGUCAUCACAAAUUGAUCAACAGAAUUCUGUUUCUCCUGAUAUUCCACCAAGAAAAGAUAUAUCACAGAUAGUGAGCCCAAGUCCAGUAACAGAACUAUCCAGAGAGGUUGUAAACUUUGUUUUGGCAAAAAAUAAAUCUUCCCAGAUGGAGACAAAAUCAUUUUCAAACACCCAGCUUGCUUCCAUGGCCAAUCUAAGGGCAGAGAAGAAUAAAAAAGUGGAGACACCAUCUCUUUCUAUCCUACACCCAAAUAAUCUGAACCCACCCAUUAACUACUUAAAACAGAGUAAGACUUUAUUCCUAAAGGCAGACUUUCCAAAUGGAUUUAGUACAGGACAAAAUGCCCCCCCAAAAGAAAAUAUCAUCCAGAGCAUAGAGAAAAUAAGUUCCUCUAUUGAUGCAACAAGUAUUACUUCACAAGAGUGUGUUUUCAGAGACCAAGAACCAAAGAUCCAGAAUGAGAUGGCAUCAACAUUACAAAAAGGUGCUCAAGAAAGAAAUGACAAAAAUGCUCAAGGAAGAAGCAAUAAGGCAUAUCUGAAGACUGAUGCUGAAUUUAAAAAGCUAUUUGGUCUUACUAAAGAUUUGAGAAUAAGACUUACUCGGAUUCCUGACCAUUUGGGUGCUGGAGAUUUUGAUUCCUUUAAGAGUUUGGUGAAGAGUGACAAUGAGACAAAGUUUACAGUGAAGGAGGAAGAGAGAAAACAGGGUUUUGAUAAGAAAAGAAAAGCAAAAACCGUUAAGAAGAUGGAUCACGCAAAGAAGAGAAAAACCGAGAGUGCUUAUAACACAGCUUUAAAUGGAGGAAUUAGCUAUAUUUUACCAACUUCAGAUGUAUCACACCAUAACAUUGUUACAAGCUGCAAUAAAACCAGAGAAGAAAGAACUGAGGUAGAACACUGUACCCGUGAAAAUCAGGAGAAAGUUGCUUUGAGUUCAAAUGCAGAUUUUGGACAAAGUCAUUCCUUUACCAGAAAUUAUACUGAAGAUAUUUUUCCCAUGACACCACCAGAGUUAGAAGAAACCAUUCGAGAUGAAAAAAUAAGAAGACUUAAACAAAUGCUGAGAGAGAAAGAAGCAGCCCUUGAAGAAAUGCGUAAGAAGAUGCACCAAAAAUAAUAAAAUGUUGCCAUACUUAAAGACUUCAGUGAAUUAGCUCUGUUUUUACCAGAUGUUUUUGCAUUAAGUUAACUAUAGAUGCAUUCUGAAAGUGUCAUUGAAUAUGAAGUUUGGUUUUUCAUCAGUUGAUUAUAAAAUUUUGUUUAAGGAAUGCAGAAAAGGUUGAUUCACAUAUAACUUCAAUAAUGUACAUGGGCCAUCUAAAUCUUCUUUUAAACUUUUUUUGGGAAGGAAAAUUUGCGUAAUGUUUUUGUUUCGUUACUUUUAACUAGAAUCCCCCAAGUUUGAAUAUUUGUGCAGGAUUUUUAUUAUUGUUUGUAUCUUUAGCUAAAUUGCUCAGGAAUACUAUUGAAAUUAUACAAUCCAAGAGAGGAAAUCAGUCCAAACUUACUUAGUUUUGCCACUGGGCUUGUAUAUAUACUCACUUAGUCUCUUUGCCCAUGAAAUGAUGAUACCUUCUGCUCACCACUGUAAAUUUGUUUAAUAUCAUGAUAAAAACAUAGCAGCAUUAUUUAAAAAUUCAAACAUUUUUUUUCAAGACUGAGGGAUACCUGUUUUGUAUCUUUUACAAAAUAGUUUCAUAUAAUCCAAAAUGAGUUUUAGAAUUCAGGCUAUAUAAUGUAUUGUUUGCUUAACAUGGUAUGUUACUAUUUCUAGGCAAAUGCUGCUUUUUCGAAAUAUGUAACUUGGACUGUGUGAAAAGUAAAUGUGAACAAUGGCCACAUUGAAUACUUUUUAAAAAUGUAGAAUGUGGUUUUUCUUAAAAGAGUCAAACAGUU